AUGGCAGCGUCGGCUUUCAAAACAGUCCAAUACAGCAGCGAGCAAUUUGUCGAGAGCAGCGGUGCAAUACUGUUUGAUUUUUCGGCAGGUAUAGCCAAAGUGUGUCUGAUCCACGACGUCAAGAACGACGAAUGGCUACUUGCUAAGGGACGGCGAAACUGCAAUGAACGGCGGUGCGAUGCUGCUCUCCGGGAAGUCCAAGAAGAGACUGGAUACCACUGCCACCUUUAUCCUGUCGCAAUGCCAACCCGCGCUCCAGCUGCAUCUAGCACCUAUAAUAUCCCCGAUCAGGCGCGAGUUUAUCACUGUCUAAUGGAGCCAUUCAUGCUUUCCACCCGGAAGCUUGGGGAAUAUAACGUUAAGCUCAUAUGGUGGUAUAUCGCGGAACUCGAGAAAGGCGUCCGAAAGAUGGAUGGCGAGACAGGAUUUACUGCGCAGUUUUUCAGCUGUGACGAGGCCAUACAGCGUUUGACGUUUCGGGAUGACCGUGAUGUUCUCGCUAAAGCAGUUUCUCUGGUGAAUGGCUCCCGCAAACCCAUUUUGACGACGUCGAUUCCCUAA